AUGGUUUGGAACCAUUUGGUGCUUCUCAGUCUGCUGCUUGUCGUGCCUGCCGCUGGCCAGUGCGACGAAGGCACCUGCCAAAGCCUCCAGCCAUAUUUCAGCUGUCAGGUGGACUUCGGCGAAGGAGCUGCCGGUGCGGGGAACACGAUCACAUUCGCACGUUGCCCAGGCAUUGGCGAUGUUGUGGUGAGGGUCCGACUUGUGGGUGGCACCCGCUCCGAGAAGCAUGUCGAUGCUUUGGAAGUGCUGCGGCGACACCUAUAUGGUCAAGAAUUAAGUCUGCCCGAACAACACAUCGCUCAGUUGCCUGCUGAAGACAGAUUUGUGGAAAUGGCAUUCCUGUCAGGACUGACCUCGGCGCGGAGAUCGCGGCCAAUCAGACCGAUCCAUGGGAAGGGGGACGGCCAUGCCGAACUGUUGUGGCGUGAGAAAGUCAGGUGGUCAAUGGCGUGGGUGUUUGACAUAGCGGGACCUGCUGCAUCGUGCACAUAUUGUUUCAACGACACGGUAUUGGUGCCGCUCCUUCCCUUAUGCGUCCGCCAGCCGGGCGAUCACCCAGGACAGUGCCGCUUUCACCAAAAAGUGCCACUCCCCUUUGAGUUGGAAGUGGAGGUCAUGCCUCGAGCAAGGCCCAUUGGCGUGGCGAUCCCGGAAAUGACGGUCUUGGAGUUGCUGGUCCUUCUGACUGGCUACACCAUGGACCUGCAGAAGAUGGCUUUUCUUGGCUUUUUGCAUGACAACCACCUCGGGAAUCUUCUGCUGGUAACAAGCCUAACGGGCGAAAGGAAGAUGGCCUGGCAUGACUUUGGUGCUCGAAGCUACUUCCACAUGCCCACGCAACCUCAAUUCGAAAGCUUUAGGAAGUUGUUCGAUGAGUCCUGCGAGAUGGUGAUUGCAUUUCUUAAGCAGCACAGCGGCGCCAUGGGCCUCGUUGCCCAAUUGAAUCGCACAAAGUCGGAGUGGAGCUUGGAAGGGAUUGAAGAUUUGCAUGGCGUAACCUUAAAAUUGGCCACGCUCGCAGAGAGGUUCCAGGAGGUGAUCAUGCAAUGGACAGAAGGCUGCAUCACCGUCCGGCGUUCAUUGCUGCGAACAUGGAGCCGAGCAUUGCCACCAACGAGACUUGAGGUGCUUCAUGAACUUCUGGGACAAGGCAGUGCCGCCCUGCAACGACCCCCAGCAGUGUGGGUCUGUCAGCUGGGAAGCCCUGACGGCAAGAACUUCGAGGUCAUUGGCAACCCCUUUCAAGUUAAGGGAGUUUUGGCAAACGUGGAUGACUUGAAGAAGGCAAUCAAAGCGGAAGAGGAGUUGACCAUUGCUGCAUCCAAGAUCGACGUUUACAGCCGGAAGGACGGCGGCUGGGUGAAAGAAGAGAAGAUGUCAGCAAGUCUGCGCGAGACAGAUGAGGCAGACUGCUAUGGAUUCACGAUUCCAGCUGGAGCUGCUGGAGCCGCAUAG